AUGGCACCAACUUUCUCCCCUCUAGAUGCCUCUUCCUACCGACACCCGCACCGGAACGGGCCUUAUGAGUCACUUCGGGAAGCAACGAUUCUCGCAAUGUUGGAACAGGGAAUCGAAUAUAACACCCUGAGCGAGAACCCUGUCUCCUGGGCUGAUGACCAGGACCCGUUCGGACAUGUCAUGGCUCAGUCUUAUAUGCAUUACGCUGGCAAUUCCUUCAUUCGCCUGCUUGAGUCGUUCGAAGGUCAUCUCAAAGAUGAAUUCCCAAGGUUCAUGUCGGGUCGUGGAAUCGGUGCUAUGUCGAAGCAAUGUUCGAUGAAAGCCAAACGGGUUGUCAAGUAUCCUGACCUGCUCAUCACCGGUGUCCGCAUUUUGGAUGUACACAUGGACAGGAUUCGAGUUGAUUAUUAUAUCUGGUCUGUGACUCAGAACGUACUGGUUACCGAGUUUCAGACCUGGAUUGUGUUUUUCCACCACAAAGAACAACGACUUGUCAAUCUCGCAGAGGAAGGUGGUGUGUACCAGUCCCUGCAUGCUUCCUUAACAGAGCGUGCAGCGGAGUCGCGUCGUACCCUCAACGCAUGGGAGGAAAAGCAGGCCCAGAAGGCUGGUUCUAAUACGGCAAAGCUUUGA